AUGUCUAUUCAGGGUAGUCUAUUCUCUACUGUUCCUAUCUUAUUUGGAGAUAACUAUAAGAAAUGGAAAGAGGACCUGGAUGUAGCACUAUGUCUAAUGGAGUUGGACUUAGCUUUUAGAGAGCCUAAUCCCAUAGUUACAGCCACUAGCACCACUGAGGAGAAACAGAAAUUAGAAAAAUGGAAAACUGCUAACAGAAAGUGUGUCACCUUGAUGAAAAUAUCUAUCCCUGAGAAUAUAAAGGACAGUGUGAAAGAGAUGAACACUGCAACUGAAUAUUUGGCUGCCAUCAAAAAAGUUUUUGAGGUUUCCCAAAGUGCUGAGAAAGCAGAAUUGAUGAAUCAAAUCCUCUCAGCCAAAUUUGAUGGCAAUGGAAGCAUGAGAGAGCAUAUUCUGGAGAUAUCUUCCAUGGCGAAGAAGCUGAAAAAUCUGAAGACUAACCUAGAUGAUGAUUUUCUAGUCUCUCUUACACUGAAAUCUCUUCCAGAGCAGUAUGCGACUUUAAAGACCACCUACGCGGCCUUGAGGGAAAAAUGGACCAUGAAAGAGUUGGUCUCCAUUUGCACACAAGAAGAGCAUAACAAGAAAAGUAAGAAGAAAAUUGAGAGUGCAAAUGUCACCACUUCUAAGGGUGGUGUUGGACCUUAUAGGAAUAAGAAGAGGUUUAGCAAGAAAUGCAGGUUUAGGCCAUAUGAUAGGGCUAACAGGGAGAGAGCACCUCAUCGGGAUCAGUCUUAA